AUGCGACUACCUUCAUCAACAUCGCUCCUAUUCUUUGUACUCGUCUUUUUACAUAUUUGCAGCACUGUGGGACGUGCCGAUUUACUAGGCAUAGGCGGUGACAAUGGCGGUGGUCUACUAGGAGGUGGUGACAGCAGCAGCAGCAGUAGUGGUGGUGGCGGUGGCAGUGAUAGCUCGCCUUCAGCUACAGCAUCUUCUCCUGACCAACAGCAAUCUGAUAAUGCUCAACAAAGUGAUCAGCAACAGUCUCAAGAUCCCACCAACUCUUCGGGUGCACAACCUACCUCUUCCAACAACAGCAAUGACAAUAACAAUAGUCAACAACCAACACCUACCCAAUCAAACGAUAACAAUAACCAGCAACAAUCAUCAUCCGAAGAUAAACCCACCUCAUCCUCUAAUCAUAACCAUGGCAAGGCCACUGACAGCUCCUCGUCCUCCUCCGAUAACUCUGAUUCAUCCUCCUCAUCAUCCAAUAACGAUAACAACCAACAACAAAAUAACAAUAACAACCAGCAACAGCAAGGUGAUCAACAGCAACAACAGCAACAAGGCAACAAUGGUACCAACACAACAGCUGUCGUAGCUGGCUCGGUUGUUGGUGGUGUCGUGGGUCUUGCUAUUAUUGGUGGUCUGGUGAUUUGGUUCAUUCGACGUAGCAGCAGAGACAACUCGCGUAAGCAACGACUCAAGCACGAACCUGAUGACUUUGCAUUCAACAACAUGGCCGAAACCAGUAACCAUAGCGGCUUUGGUGGUGGAUCUUCACCCUUUCAACAACAUCAACAGCGCCCAUUUGUCCCACCUACUUCACCCACCACAGCUACCGCUGCCGCUGGCUACGGUAAUAUGGCAGCUAUGGAUUACAACAACAGCAGCAACCAAUACUACCAUCAUCCUGAACAUGAUAUGGGAGCUGAUUACUAUAACACACAAGGUGGUUACUAUUAUCCCACACCCACACCAGGCAUGGCCAACAUGGGCACACAACGUGAACUUCAAGAAAAUAUGAAGCCUGAUGAACCCACCAUUGAACAUAAACCCAAUCUUGCAUAA